CCGCUUCACCGGUUGACUCUGCAGUGUUUGUUUGGCUUCCUUCAGCUCAGAAACUUUCUCCUUGUGUUGUUUUCCGAGGACGUGUGCGGGCCACAGCAGCUCAGACUUCACCUGCAUGUUGCACAGCACACAACUCAGAUGGCCCAAACUGUUAUAUUUGGCAUACGGAGACUCGACGCGUUUCUUUUCGGAUGUUUGUCUUUGUUUUUCUUUCAUCAGUCGCCGGAGUUCUUCUUGAUUUACAACUUUUUUUCCUUUCUUUGGAGCCAUUCUGGUCAAGAAAGCAACAACACACCUUAUUGGGUUAGCUAGCCUGGCUUCCGUGACUAACUCAACUUUGUCGCAGGCAGAUGAGGUCACUCAAAUUGUGUUCUCAGUGGUCUCGCGAGAGUGGCUCCGAAGGAGCGAGCGAACAUUUUAGCAUCCAGUCUGAUAUUUGCCGCAAACGGAGCAGAGUCGCUUUGAUGUAAAUAUGCAUUUUGGAACUAGUGGUGGCUACAGCAGUGUAACUGUUUCGGGUUCGUGUUCCGUCUUAGAUACUGCUUGUGUUGCUGCGUGUGUGGUAUAUUUAUAAAAAAACUUGUAGGGAUUUUAACACCGCGCCCACUGUUCAGUAUAUGUUUUAGAAUUGAGGGCUGGCUAAUAGCUAGCAUCGCUUCCCGGGGACUAUCUAUUUUGUGUCAUUAAUAAAGCAACAGCCGAACGCGAGAAAUAUUUUUCCGUUGCGAAUGUUAACAUUUCCACUAAAAUUGUCAGGUUGAUGCUAAUACCAACUAUUGGCGUCGUAGUUUAGUUGAUAGUUAGCUUGGUGGCGUUAGCCGUCAUGACAGGUGAGACGAUACGCGCCGUGCGAAAGGAGCACUUCAAAGCCAACAAAAAUGUCCAAGCCGUGGACUCCUUCGACGACACUGAUCACCAUUUGAAGUCUAACAAGGCUUUCGUCAAACCGUCUACACUGCACCAGCAGCUUAAUGCAAACAACCUGAACGGCAAUGCAUCCAAUGGCAAUAUUGUCAGCGAUGACAAUAAGAACCCCAUCAUCCUCACCAACGAGGACUUCCCUGUGCAUGAGUGUGUGUUCAAAGGAGAUGUGAGGCGGCUGUCCUCUCUCAUCAGGACUCAUAGCAUCUCUCAAAAAGAUGUGCAUGGUAAUACACCUCUCCACCUCGCUGUAUUGCUUGGCCACAAAGAAUGUGCACUUCUUCUGCUGGCCCACAAUGCACCUGUCAAGAUAAAGAACGCACAGGGAUGGAGCCCUCUAGCAGAAGCUAUCAGCUACGGUGACAGGCAAAUGAUCACAGCAAUCCUGCGCAAACUGAAGCAACAAUCCAGGGAGAGCGUGGAGGAUAAAAGGCCCAAAUUACUGAAAGCCCUCAGGGAGCUGGGUGACUUUUAUCUGGAGCUGCAUUGGGAUUUUCAAAGCUGGGUGCCUCUCUUGUCCCGGAUGCUGCCCUCUGACACUUGUAAAAUCUACAAGCAGGGCAUCAACAUUAGGCUGGACACCACCCUCAUUGACUUCAUCGACAUGAAAUGUCAGCGCGGAGACCUCAGCUUCAUCUUCAAUGGCGAAGUCCCGCCCUCACAGUCCUUCGUGGUGCUGGACAACGAAGCCAAAGUGUACCAAAGAAUACACCACGAGGAGUCUGAGAUGGAGACAGAAGAAGAAGUGGACAUCCUCAUGAGCAGUGACAUCUACUCGGCCACAUUGUCCACAAAGUCCAUCAGCUUCUCACGCAGUCAGAUCGGAUGGCUCUUCAGAGAGGACAAAACGGAGAGGGUGGGCAACUUCCUGGCUGAUUUCUACGCUGUCAAUGGCCUGGUGCUGGAGUCCAGGAAGCGUCGUGAGCACCUGAGUGAGGAGGACAUCCUGAGGAACAAAGCCAUCAUGGAGAGCUUGAGCAAAGGGGGCAGCAUUAGCGAGCACAACUUUGAGCAGUCCAUGAGGAGGCAGUCUCUCUCGGCCCCACCCUCUAACACCAUUUCCUGGGAGGAGUACAUCACUGCAGAGCAUGGAAAGCCACCUCACCUGGGGAGGGAGCUGAUGUGCAAGGAGAGCAAGAAACACUUCAAGGCCACCGUAGCCAUGAGUCAGGACUUUCCUCUGGGCAUUGAAUCGUUACUUAACGUGUUAGAGGUGGUGGCGCCCUUCAAGCACUUCAACAAACUGCGAGAGUUCGUCCAGAUGAAACUUCCUCCUGGUUUCCCCGUCAAACUGGACAUUCCAGUCUUCCCAACCAUCACGGCCACCGUCACUUUCCAGGAGUUUCACUACGACCAAUUUGAGGGAUCACUCUUCGUCAUCCCACCCGAGUACAAGGAAGACCCCAGCCGCUUUCCUGACCUCUGACCUGGAAACAAGAAGUGUUUGGCCGCUCCAUGCACCUACAUUUCAUACAGAUGUAAUAUUAAGUGGAAAAGGGAGGUCAGUCAUUGAGCUGAUGCCAAGGACAAAGGAAUGUCCUGCUGCUAUUCUCCUCAUGUUCUUCUUGAAACCGUGCUGACACUGGCUUCUGUAAAUAGUUUGUCUCCUCCAACAACAAAAACACUAUUAUAUCCUCAAAUAUGCAUUUAUACAUGAUGUAUCUAACUACUCAUGGACUUACUGUGUAGCAAUACAUUUAAGAAUGUUUUUAAAUGAGCCCAUUUUGAAACUUCAUCAUCACCAUCAAGACUUUUUGUUGUUGUGCAGGAUGAACAUUCAGGUUAGCUCAUGUUUACCUCUUAGCUGUCUCCGUGUUUCUUUGUAUUGUCUCACAGUUUGUGUGUGUGAGAAACCCAGUCGGGUGUUCAGGUAUGUUGUAAGUUUCACACUGCACUGAUCAAAGUAUGUGAGGGUUUAUGUCAUGCAUCCUGCAGCUUCAAGCAUAUCUGCAAACAUGGUACCCAAUUAAAAGAAAUGUCACACCUGGAAGCACCUUUUAGUGGAUAGUUUUUUUUUGUAAUGAAACUAUGCUGUGAAUUUGACGUUGCUGGACAUCUUCGGAUACAUUUUUGUUUCACCCUGAAAACACUCUUAUUUAUCCCUUUAAAUAAAGCACCAGCAUCACAUUGCA